AUGCCUAGGACAGAUGCGAUCUGGGAAGUGAACGAGGACGGCGUCUCCAAGGACAUGCAAGCGUUCAGUGAGCAGUGGGAGGAGAAGCUGGAGGGACCACUAUUUCCCGCUCUCGGAAAUCUCGAAUCCGCACCUACGAACAGCUUCCCGCGCAACACGACAGAUCACCCAAUCAACUCGCAAUGGGUGUUUGCCAUACAGGAAGGCAGCUGGAGCCAAUGGAUUGGCCGCAAGGCAACUGCUCAGAUCCGUCACAAUUCCGGAAGCUAUUCGACAAUGGCGCCUGGUCUUAACCUGAAGAUCAUUUCUCUUAAUACCGUGUACUGGUAUAAGCAGAACUUCUGGCUGUACGACAGCAACGAGCAUCAACCGGACCCAAAUGGUAUCAUCGCAUACCUCGUGCAAGAGCUGCAGGAGGCCGAAGAUGCAGGACAGCGCGCGUAG